AUGCUGUGUUACGCUUUUCCGUCAUCUACAGUAAAACUUGCAAAGAACGGUAUAAGCCACUGGCGGCACCUUCCUUCGCAUCUUGAAAGUCACAGGAAGUCUACCGAGCAUUUGAAUUCACAUAGAAAGUGGAUCGUGUUUUCAGAGGGACUGAAAAAGUCAGUAACUGUCGACGCCCAUCAUCAAAUGCUUCUGAAUACAGAAAGCCAACACUGGAAAAAUGUUCUUGAGCGCUUAAAAACAACAAAUCAUUUCCUGGGUUGGCAAUGUCUGCCUUCGAGGGAAAGUACAGAUACACUCUUUCAGCCUGACAACGGAAACUUCUUGCAUCUCGUUGAAUUAUUCGGAAAGUUCGACACUGUGAUGAUGGAGCACCUCAACAGAACAAACCAAGGUGAGAACAAGGGUCAUCAUCAUCCUGGAAAAGAAACACAGAAUGAAAUAAUUCAUCUUAUUGAGUCAUCUAUAACCAACAACAUACUAUUAAUGAUGAAAUCUGCAAAGUAUUACAGUAUAAUUCUGGACUGCACAUCAGAUAUUUCAAAAGUUAAGCAGAUGACAGUUGUGGUACGUUUCGUCCAGGAGACAAACACUCGAUGGGGUAUACGAUGUCCGAAUUGGGAGCAUUUCCUGGGAUUUCUUCCAGUGCCCGAUUCUUCAAGCUCCACUUUGACGCAGGUCGUACUCAAGUUCUUUGAAGGUAAAAAAAUCCUAUUGUGUAAUAUGAGAGGGCAAUGA